GCAAAGGGCAAAGUGGUAUUGGAUUUCUGCUUUCACGUGCCCAUGGGCGCCAACCGGUCGGCCCUUGCAACCGGCUUGGACGCGUCACUGGUCUGGACGGGCGUGCGCACGUCGCUGGGCACGCUCCAUCGGCGCUUCCAGCUUCUCGACCAGGCGACGCCGUUCCAGCUACUGGCCGCACCGGUGUUGCGCGGUGAGGCCGAGCCCACGGGGCCGAGAAGUGCGGGGUACGUGCAAUGGUACAUUGUACUGCGCGGGUCGGCGCAUGGCUUGUGGCAUCGCAUGGCCGUCGCACACGCCGUCGCGCAGCUGCUCAAUGUCUCGACCACCACCGUCUUUGCCCCGACCGCGAUGCAAGCGCCGUACGACGUCUACAACGGCGCUGCGACCAUCGUGCCCAUCGCGAUCCACGGGGUGACGCCCAGUACCUUUGAUAGCGUCGCGUCGGCGCUCGCACGCCCGCUGCAGACGCUGCUUACAGCUUCGACAUGGCGUCUGUCGCUUGUGACGCAGACGCCCGACAGCAACGGCGACGGCGCCUUGCCGCAGAGCGCCGCGGCGUGGCCGGCGUAUCCGCAGCUCAAUCCAACGGCAGCGUACCCGCUUUUGAGCGCUUCCAGUCCGCCGCUCUCGGCCUACAUCGUCGCCUACCGAAUUGCAGACGCAAUGACGCUCAGUUCGAUCUCACCCGUCAUCGAUGGUCUUCUCAGCGAGCUCGAACCCAGUUUGAACGCUUCGUUUGCCGUCUUUGCGGACCUGACGCUCACGACGCUGCCGCAAGACGCUUCCGAGAUGCUCUCGAGAUCGCCCGGCAACUCCAUCAACUUUGUCGUCGCUGGCGACGCCGCCUCAAUUCUCUCCAAUGCACAAGCGCUCCAAGCGACGCAGGACAUCUCGCUCACGCCGCUGCCGACUCUGUCCAAGACCGAGUGGUACCCGUAUCUGCAGCUCCAGUGUCCGUAUACCCUGGCGCCGCUCGCCGCGACCAUCCAGCGCAUUGCGAUCGCGGCCUUCUUCUCUCGCCCGCUCGACAGCGUCCGAGUUGUGGCCUCGUCGGCUGCGACGACGACGUUCGAGCUGGCACUGACGCACACGUUCCAGCUUCGGUACGUGAUGAGCCAGCUCGAGGCGACAAUGGCCUGGGCGACUGUGAUGGCGCAGUACGGGGCGGAGCCUGCGUUCUGCUCGCUGGGCGCGCAGUCGCUGGCAUACCUCGCAUCGUACCCAGGCUCGACAGCACCCUGGAGUGCUGCAUCGUCGGUACCGGCGACGUCGACGACGUGUGCGGCCACGCCAGCCACUGGUAUUGCAGAGCGACGCUCCUGA